AUGAAAAGGGCUGGAGCCACCCAAUGGCUGGAGCCACCCAACGAAAAGGGCUGGGAGCCACCCAAUGAAAAGGCUGGAGCACCCAACGAAAAGGGCUGGGAACCACCCAAUGAAAAGGGCUGGGAGCCACCCAAUGAAAAGGGCUGGGAGCCACCCAAUGAAAAGGGCUGGGAGCCACCCAACGAAAAGGGCUGGGAGCCACCCAACGAAAAGGGCUGGGACCCAACGAAAAGGGCUGGCAGAAAAGGGCUGGGAGCCACCCAACUGGGAGCCACCAAGGGCUGGGAGCCACCCAACGAAAAGGGCUGGGAGCCACCCAAUGAAAAGGGCUGGGAGCCACCCAAUGAAAAGGGCUGGGAGCCACCCAAUGAAAAGGGCUGGGAGCCACCCAACGAAAAGGGCUGGGAGCCACCCAACGAAAAGGGCUGGGAGCCACCCAAUGAAAAGGGCUGGGAGCCACCCAAUGAAAAGGGCUGGGAGCCACCCAACGAAAAGGGCUGGAGCCACCCAAUGAAAAGGGCUGGGAGCCACCCAACGAAAAGGGCUGGGAGCCACCCAGGGCUGGGAGCCACCCAACGAAAAGGGCUGGGAGCCACCCAACGAAAAGGGCUGGAACCCAACGAAACUGGGAGCCACCCAAUGAAAAGGCUGGGAGCCACCCAACGAAAAGGCUGGGACCACCCAACGAAAAGGGCUGGGAUGAAAAGGGCUGGGAGCCACCCAACGAAGGGCUGUUGUGGUAAAGAGGAUGGUUAUUAUGCUGUGAUGGGUGACGCUGCUGUUGGCAUCCUCCUCCUGGUCACUCUGUUAUGA